GUGGAACAGCACGAAACUAGUUUGAUAAACAGAGUAUAUAUGUCCGUAUGUACUCUGGCAAAGAGAGAUUUCUUAAUUUUAAUUAAGUUGCUCUUUGAGAUUUAUUUGCCUUGAUAGAGUAUUUGUAGAUUGAAAAUACAGAAGGAACAGAUUCCUGUUAUCUCUGGAUAUGGUAUAGAUAGCACUGAGAGCUGCAGGAUGUAUAUUUGCUCAAAUGUAAACUCAAAGAAGUUUCAGUGUCUUUACAACUUGGCUACGUACUACACUUGAAAGUGUAAGUUGUGACAAUGACAACUGAAGUUGGCUCAGAGACUGAAGUAAAGAAAGAUUCUGAGCAGCUGGGACCAGACAAAGCCAAGGACAAGCCCGAAGAAGCAUCAGAGAUUCCAGAAAAUCAAAAGUCCAGGGAAACAUCCUCUGAAGAAGCUCAAGAUUCUUCCUCUGUCCCUGCACCAACUAGCCAAAGUAGUCCGAGUAGUCAGAAGAAGGAAAAAGCUUCAGCUGAAAGCAAGGGUAUUUCUCGUUUCCUUCCCCCAUGGCUUAAGAAACAAAAAUCAUACACCUUGGCAGAGCCCAAAGAUGAGAGCAAGAAAAGGACCAUAGGGAAAGAACAAGUGGUUGAAGAAAGUGAAUGCCAGACAUCAGAGGGGGCGGCCCAGCCAAAAAAGAGCUCAGAACAAGACGCAGCUGAAAAUCAGAGUAAUGCUAAAGCAGAUGACAAAGAAGAAAAGCACUCUGUUAGUAGUGCUGAAACACAGCCUGCCAAGGAAGAUGGUAAAGAAACGGAAGUAGAGAAAGCAGCAAAGGAAAUGGAAGAAAAACAAGAAAAAGAAAAAAGGGAGACAAAGGAAGUGCAGACAGCUGAAAUUAAAGCAGAAAACAUUCCUCAAAAGUCUCCUAAGAAAAUUAAGACUGUGCAGUGUAAAGUAAUGCUUCUGGAUGGCACAGAAUACAGCUGUGACCUAGAGAAAAGAGCAAAAGGCCAAGUGCUGUUUGACAAAGUGUGUGAACAUCUCAAUUUACUGGAAAAGGACUAUUUUGGGCUAUUGUUUUAUGAGAAUUCAGAACAGAAGAACUGGCUAGAUUCUUCGAAGGAAAUUAAGAGACAAAUUCGAGGUUUACCUUGGAUAUUCACCUUUAAUGUGAAGUUUUAUCCCCCUGAUCCUUCACAGUUGACUGAGGACAUCACUAGAUAUUUCUUGUGCCUACAGCUUCGACAGGAUAUUGUUUCUGGUCGACUGCCCUGUUCUUUUGUGACUCAUGCCCUCCUUGGUUCAUAUACCCUGCAGGCUGAGCUGGGUGAUCAUGACCCAGAGGAGCACCGCAGUGACUAUAUCAGUGAAUUCCAAUUUGCACCCAAUCAAACUCAAGAAAUGGAAGAGAAAGUAGCUGAGCUACACAAAACACAGAGGGGCUUGACUCCAGCACAGGCGGAUUCCCAGUUCCUAGAAAAUGCUAAGAGACUCUCCAUGUAUGGAGUGGAUUUACAUCAUGCCAAGGAUUCUGAAGGUGUGGAUAUCAUGCUGGGUGUAUGUGCUAAUGGACUGCUCAUUUACAAAGAUAGACUCCGGAUCAACCGCUUUGCUUGGCCAAAAAUUCUGAAGAUUUCCUAUAAGCGGAGUAACUUCUACAUCAAAGUCAGGCCAGCAGAACUGGAACAGUUUGAGAGCACUAUUGGGUUCAAACUGCCAAACCAUCGGGCUGCUAAAAGGUUGUGGAAGGUUUGUGUGGAGCACCAUACUUUCUUCAGACUUGUAUCACCAGAACAGCCUCCAAAAGCAAAGUUUCUAACCUUGGGUUCCAAGUUCCGUUACAGUGGACGUACGCAAGCACAGACACGGCAGGCCAGCAACCUCAUAGACAGACCAGCUCCACACUUUGAGCGUACUUCAAGUAAACGUGUUUCCAGAAGCCUCGAUGGAGCUCCCAUGGGUAUCUCGGACCAGAGUCUGUUAAGAGACUUCCCUGCUACUGGAGGGCAGGCUGCUGGAGAUAAAGUCAUUGACAUUGAAGCUGCUGGUCAGGCCAAGUUAAAAGAAGGUGGCAGAGAAGAAGAUGGAAGCCCAGUCAAAACUCCGCAAUUAGAAUUGACUCAGGAUGGAAAGCCUAAGGUGACUUCCUUUAGUGCCUCUAAUGACAGUGACCUGAAUGACAAAGCAGAGGAAGAGGAGAGCAAUUCCUUGAGAGUAGACGGGGAAAAUAUUUAUGUCAGACAUAGCAAUUUAAUGUUGGAGGACCUGGAUAAGACCCAGGACGACUUACUGAAACACCAGGCUAGCAUUAGUGAGCUCAAGCGCAAUUUCAUGGAAUCCACACCUGAACCACGCCCAAAUGAGUGGGAAAAGCGGCGUAUCACACCUCUGUCCCUACAGACACAAGGGAGCCUAGAAGAGGAGAUAACGUCCAUUUUAUUUAGUAAGGAGGGCUUUUGCGCGGGCUCGCGAGGGCCCUUCGCCGCCGCCAGCGUGUGGCCCGCAGAGGGCGCUGCGGGGGAGGAGACCGCCGCCUCGGCCGCGCCGCCGCCCCAGAGACAUGCUUCCAGAGCAGAAGGGCCUUGUACUGGAGUCAGCGAUGCUGAUAAGAGUUCACAUGAGACUCUGGACAUAGUGGAGGAGAAGAAGCAGGCAGAGGUUGGGAUAGAAGAAACACUAGUCGUAGACGAAACCAACAAAGGGAAAAUGCAAGUUACCACUGAUGCUGGGGAAACAUAUAAGGUGGAGCAUCUGUCAAAAAAGGACUCUUCAUCGUUGGCAUCAGAUAGUAGCAGCAGCAGCAGUAGUAGUGAGAGUGAGGAUGAAGAGGUGGGAGAAUACCAGCCACAUCAUAGGGCAAUUGAGGAAGUCAUCAGGGAAGAACAGGAAGAUGAAGAUAUGAAAAGGAAAGAACAUGAAGAAAAAAUACAACAUGUGGAAACCACACCAGAAGGCAGUAAGCAAAAUGUGCCAGUUGAGCACACACAAGUUACAGCUGAAGAUUUGGUCCAGGAAAAUGCAGUUACCAUAGCUACAGAAAAGAAGAAUUUGUCAGAGGAAAUUAAGCAAGAUUUAGGUGAAGAAAAAGACGAAGAACAGCUCAAACUCAAUGGAGAUGUGUCUCAUGUUGACAUUGAUGUUGCACCACAAAUAAUUUGUUGUUCUGAGCCUCCAGUAGUGAAAACAGAGAUGGUAACUAUUUCAGAUGCCACACAGAGAACUGAAAUCUCCACUAAAGAAGUUCCAAUUGUUCAAACAGAAACUAAAACUAUCACAUACGAAUCUCCACAGUUUGAUGGCAGUGCUGGUGGCAAUGCUGGUGUGCUGCUGAGUGCACAAACAAUUACAUCUGAGUCAAUUUCUACUACUACAACUACACACAUCACAAAGAUGGUAAAAGGUGGGGUAUCGGAAACAAGAAUUGAGAAGCGCAUUGUCAUUACAGGAGAUGCAGAUAUUGACCAUGAUGAGGCCCUGGCACAGGCAAUCAAAGAAGCCAAAGAACAGCACCCUGACAUGUCUGUCACAAGAGUGGUGGUGCACAAAGAAACUGAACUUGCUGAGGAAGAUGAAGAGUAAAAUCAAAAAUACCCUGAAGCAAAUACUUCAGAAGUAAAAAUGAUACUGACUGUGAUCAUGACCAGGAAGAACUGUAAUCAUUCCAAGUCAUCACUACUCUACCGAAUUCACCAAGCCUAGCAAUGAUGGCCAGAUGUUCAAGACUUAAAUGCCAAUACCAAACUCCAUUUUAACAUCUUUGGUCUAUAUUCCCUUACAAUCUUUCUUGUUUAUUUUUUAUAACCACUUCUUAACAAUCGUAGAUUUUUUUUAAAUGAAGUUUUAGAGGAUAUGAUCUUCUUUUGCACAGAUACUUGUAUUUUUGAAGCUGAUUAUUAAUUGUAUGAAAGUGAACAAAAAAGAAGUCUGGAAGGCAGUGUUCACUGGAGCAGGUGGUAGUUGUGCAGGAAGAGGGAUCUUUACUAAUUUAGAUAUAGUUUUUUCCAAAUAUUUCAAAUGAAAUCUCUUACUGGAGUAAUUUACAGAUCUUCUUUUUUUUUUUCUUUUUUUUUUUUCAGAUUAUUCAGGUAAAUAUAUGGUAUCACAUAACAAAGAUUUUUAUAAAAAUACAACAUUUCCUAAAAUUUGAAAAAUAUAUUUCUUUGGAUAAAUUUUAUACUGAUAUCUCUGUAACUCUUUCCAUUCUAAGGUCCUCCUCUCUGUGGAGCAGAGAUGGUGUGCCAGUCAAUAGAGGAGAAGGAGUUGCAGACACAUUUCUUCUGACUGAGCACUGUGUUCUUUUUGCACUUUGGUGCCAAUGCUCAACUUUUUGCAGACGUUUUGCUAUCUGCAGCAUUCCAGAUAAGGAAAGAAGGAAGAACAAAAUAAUCUUUCUCUUCUUCCAACAAGAGAUGACCUAGGCAGCUUAAAACCUUAGUGCUUUUUUUUCUUACUGCGUCCAAACUUCAACACUUCCAUUAUUUGAAUACACACGUAGAAUGCUCGCUUUCUAUUAAACCUCACUGUCUCCAUGUUAGAACUGACAUUUCUGUUACUGAGAAGGUAUAUGUUGCAGCUGCUUCAUCUAAUGGUUAAUGCAGGUUUUUAGGAUACUGAGUAAAACUGUACAAUGGACUCCAUUCAUAAAGUAAUAAGAGAGUACCAUCAUUUGAGACUGCCAUUGAGAAAACCUGUUAAUUAUUUUGGAUUUUAUUUUGUUCAUGCAGGGGGUGGUUUGUUUGGGGUUUUUUCUGCUGUUGACUCUGUGUAUAGUUAAAAUGCCAAAUUAGAUUUAUAGCAGCUUAAAGUUAUAUUAAGUGUUAUUUUGCUUUCUGUAAUUCUGUUAUAAAAUAAAGUUGUUUAUUCUCUGUA